UAGCUUCGUAGAAGAGGCGACAGAACAAAAUGAGAGAAAUCAUACAUCUCCAGGUUGGCCAGUGCGGCAAUCAGAUCGGUGCCAAAUUCUGGGAGGACAUCUCUGACGAGCACGGUAUCGACCCAACUGGUGCCUACCAUGGUGACUCCGACCUUCAGCUUCAGAGAAUCAAUGUCUACUACAAUGAAGCAUCCAGUGGAAAUUAUGUACCCCGGGCCAUAAUGGUGGAUCUUGAACCUGGCACAAUGGACUCUGUCAGAUCGGGGCCUUACGGUCAAAUUUUCAACCCCGACAACUUCAUUUUUGGUGAGAGUGGUGCUGGCAACAACUGGGCCAAGGGUCACUACACUGAAGGUGCUGAGCUUGUCGACUCUGUGUUGGAUGUGAUAAGAAUAGAAGCGGACCGUUGUGACUGUCUGCAGGGUUUCCAGCUGACCCACUCCUUGGGAGGUGGAACUGGUUCUGGCAUGGGAACAUUACUUCUGUCCAAGAUCAUUGAGGAAUAUCCAGAUAGGAUGUUAUGCUCAUACUCUGUUAUACCUACACCAAAGGUAUCGGAAACUGUCGUUGAACCUUACAAUGCGGUACUGUCUGUCCAUCAGCUUGUUGAAUUUACUGAUCACACAUUCUGCAUUGACAAUGAGGCCCUCUAUGACAUUUGCUCCAAGACACUGAAACUCAAGACUCCCACAUAUGGUGACCUGAACCAUCUAAUCUCGCUCACAAUGUCCGGUGUGACAACGUGCCUGAGGUUCCCAGGUCAGCUGAAUGCCGACCUCCGGAAACUUGCUGUCAACAUGGUCCCUUUCCCACGUCUUCACUUCUUCAUGCCAGGUUUCGCACCUCUCACCUCCCGUGGUUGCCAACAGUACCGAGCACUGACAGUACCAGAACUGACUCGACAGAUUUUUGAUGCCAAAAACAUGAUGGCUGCCUGCGAUCCAAGUCAUGGCCGUUACCUCACAGUUGCUGCUGUCUUCAGAGGACGCAUGUCAAUGAAAGAAGUUGAUGAACAGAUGCUGAGCAUUCAGAACAAGAACAGCAGCAACUUCGUUGACUGGAUCCCUAACAACGUGAAGACUGCUGUUUGUGACAUCCCACCCAGAGGACUCAAAAUGUCUGCAACCUUCAUUGCUAACUCGACUGCUAUCCAGGAGCUGUUCAAGCGUAUCUCAGAGCAGUUCACAUCCAUGUACAGUCGCAAGGCUUUCUUGCACUGGUACACCGCUGAGGGCAUGGACGAGAUGGAGUUCAGCGAAUCCGAAUCAAACAUGAAUGACCUGGUGUCUGAGUACCAGCAGCACCAGGAGGCAACUGCCCAUGAGGAUUUAGAGUUUGACGAGGAGGAGGAAGUUGACAAUUGAGUGAUAUAUAUGUAUUAUUCAAAUGUUAAAAUAAGGGUGACAUGUUACAGCACCAGUAUUAUAUGGAAACUGUUCUUCGUGCCCAGUUGCAAUGGACUAAUUCACAGUAAGCCCAAUUAUAGGUAAUUUUCUUGAAAUGGCUCAUUUGAAUGAAUUGCUUGUGCCAUAUUGAAACAGUUCUAUAAGACAG